AUGGUCCUUCAAAAAAGGACCCAGAUGUGGCCAUUAUGGCUUUUUUUUUUGCUGGGACAUUUGCACUUUUGCACUUGUUCCUUUGUGAAGACAAAUCUUGGGCUGCGGGUGAAGAGAGGCCAGUCAGCCUUUUUGCAGGAAGGAGAUCUGCAAUUUCAUAUACCCAGAGCAAAGGAUGCCUGCAAACUGGAGGUGGUUGAAAAUGAGCCUAUUACCCAACGUGUUGGCAUGCUGUCCCCCCAGGUUUUUGACUGCCAUUAUUUAGAUAAUGAAGUGAAAUAUACUCACAAUGGCUGUCCCAUUUUAAAAGAAGACACUGUCAAACUUCGUCUAUACAGAUUCACAGAGAGCGAGACCUAUAGUGAAGUGUUCUCACUCCAUGUUGAAAUCCUGGAACCUGAUUGUAAUGUUAUAAAGUUGGGACCACAGACAUUGCAAGUUCCAGAGUUUUAUGGCCUUUCUAAUGUGCUAGAUGGUAAUGUGAUCUCCUUCCACUAUGAGCAUCGGCCCAAUAUUGAGUGUACAGUUAGGGUGACCACACCAGACUCUGGUCUACCUGGACAUGGCCAGCUGGUCACUGGAGAACCUGAGAAGCUGGAAGGGCCAAGAGGGGAUGAACCAGAAAACUUUGUAACUAUUCGCCAACAAAUGGAAAAUAAGGCCAGAGCCAGAUGCAGGACUGAAGUCUGUUUAAAAGGACUUAAAUUUGUGAAGAUCACAAAAGUGUCCUGUGAUGAGUUCCUAAUGUUAGGUAUUCGCUAUCAGCACAUUGAUCCUCCAUCACCUGACGUUGAUUACAUUGCUAUCAGACUGGACCUCACAGACACCAGAAGCAGAAGCAUAAUCCAGUCAGAGCAAGCCUGGAUUCCUGUGACUAUUAAGGGUGCAGUACCCAACCAGCCUCCGAAGCCUUCUUUCAUGUCCAUGUUUAUCCUGGAAGUAGAUCAGUUUAUCCUGACUCCCCUCUCCACAGCCAUCCUGGAUGCAGAAGAUGAAGAGACAACCAAGAACAAGCUGGUAUUCAAUAUCACCAGACCACCCAAAGAGGGCUUUAUCACGCAUUUAUCUGACCACACAAAACCCAUCUUAUCUUUUACCUGGGUAGACCUUAAUGAAAUGCUCAUCAGCUAUCAGCCUCCUAAUUCCAGCUAUAUUCAACGCAGGAACUAUGAGAUAGAGUUUGAGGUACAUGAUUUCUACUUUGAGAAAAGCGAGCCUGUUGUGGUGCAUGUGUCAAUCAGGACAGCAGACACAAAUGCACCAAGAGUCUCAUGGAACAUGGGUCUUAGUCUCUUGGAAGGUCAGUCUCGUCCUAUUACAUGGAAUCAGCUACAGAUUGUGGACAAUGAUAAUCUGAAGGCUGUAAGAAUAAUCACAUUAGAUGGGUUACAACACGGGAGACUAACUGUUAGAGGUGGAAAAGGAUUUACGUUUACAGUAAGUGACAUCAAAGCUGGAGUGGUGCGUUAUCACCACGAUGACAGUGAUACCACCAAAGACUUUGUGAUUUUUCGAAUCACUGAUGGCCGCCACCAGACCAGACACAAGUUCCCUAUCAACAUCCUACCUAAAGAUGACAGUCCUCCUUUCCUAAUCACCAAUAUGGUCCUGGAGCUUUCAGAGGGACAAACAGCUCUUCUUAGAGGGUCCAUAUUGCAAGCAUCAGAUAUGGAUUCCAGUGAUGACUACAUCUUGUUUAACAUCACUAAACCUCCUCAAGCAGGGGAGAUCAUGAAGAUGCCGGGUCCAGGAAUCACAGGCUACCCUGUAAUGCGUUUCCUGCAAAAGGAUCUUUUCCAUUCCAUCAUCUACUACAGGCACUUUGGCAAUGAAGUAUUUGAUGACUCUUUCGAAGUGGUGUUGUCUGAUUUCCAUGAUCCUCCCAAUCUCUCAGAUCCACAGGUCAUAGUAAUUCAAAUUCAAGCUGUCCCAGAUCAGCCACCCAAUGAGGUCCCAGGUGUUACUAGACAUCUGGUCAUCAAAGAAACAGAUGUGGUGUAUUUGACCAAGAAAGAGCUUCACUUUGUUGACGUGGAGUCACCAGAUAGUGAGCUUACCUAUACUGUUAGCACUCCACCGUUCUACACUAGUGCUUAUGGAGGACCUGAUGCAGGAAGGUUGUUCUUAGUAGACAGCAUCCCAGCAUUUACUAAGGAUCCCAGUGCCCCAGUGCUUAGACUUUUUACCCAGCAUGCUGUUAACUACAUGAAAGUGGCCUACAUGCCUCCUGUCCAUGACAUUGGGCCUUACCCUCAGCACAUCCAAUUUGUGCUGUCUGUGACCAGCCAGGAGGGUCGUACCACCACUGGCAUCUGUUUUAAUAUUACAGUGCUGCCAGUGGACAACCAACCCCCACAGGUGCAUAUGAACCAGCUGACGGUGGAUGAGGGAGGGGAAUGCUGGGUAAGUGCAGAUUACCUGCAUCUAACUGAUGUGGACUCGUUGGAGGACUCUUUACAUGUGGAGAUAAAGAGAAGGCCUCAGCAUGGAAAGGUGUAUCUGGAUGGUACCCCCUUAUAUCAGGGUCAGACCUUCUCUAUUCAGGAUCUAAAAAAUCUAAAAGUUAGAUACCAUCAUGAUAGUUCAGAGACAGAAGCGGAUGACAUUGAAUGUGUAGCCACGGAUGGGUUGAAUUCAGUUGAUUUUGUUCUGCAUAUUAAGGUAACGUUAAUCAAUGAUGAAGUGCCAGUGUUGGUGCCAGGUUUGAAGUCUGUUCUGGAGUGUGCGGAAGGACAAAAUGUAAUCAUCACUACAGAGUAUAUCUGUGCAUCAGAUGCUGACAGUGAUGACAGCAAACUGACCUAUCUGAUAGCUCGUCAGCCAUAUCAUGGUGUAGUGCUUAAAAAUGGUAUUGUGGUGGACAGGUUUUAUCAAGUUGACUUAGAAGCUAGAGUCAUCACCUACAAACACACAGGACUAGAAAUUGGAUUGCUACCUCGUCAUGAUACCAUUACAUUUGUGAUCUCGGAUGGACAGAUAGAUGAUUGCUGUGUUGGGAGAACUACUGUAUUGAACAGAAAGACACCGCACAAACAAGACUCACUGCUGAUCUAUGACCUUAAUAUUACUGUUUACCCUGUGGACAACCAGCCACCUUCUAUUGCUUCUGGUGAGGUAUUUCAAGUGGAUGAGGGUGGUUCUGCCACUAUUACUGUGACACAUCUAAGAGUUUCUGACCAGGACACGCCUCUUGAGGAUCUGAAGCUUAUAUUGGUUUCUUCACCACAGUUUGGCUAUAUUGAGAACAUCCUUCCCAGUCCUGGGUUUGAGAAGAGCAACAUGGGAAUCAGUAUUGGCUCUUUUUCAUAUAGGGAUUUACUGAAUGGACACAUAAACUACGUACAAUCCAGACACCAAAGGACUGAACCCACUGCUGACCAGUUCAUGCUGUGUUUGUCUGAUGGCAAACACCAAUCAUCUGCGAUCCCCUUUUACAUUAUCAUUAAGCCAACUAAUGAUGAAAUUCCAGACUUCUUAGCCAGAAAUAUUACUGUCCGAGAGGGCAACAUGAAAGAGUUGGAUGCAUUCAUUAUUAAUGCUGUGGAUUUGGAUGUUCCCAGAGAUCGGUUAACCUUUAGCAUCAUCCAGCAGCCCAGACACGGAGCUAUCAUGAACAAGCUUUAUGGUAAUGAUGUGGCCCAUAAAAGAUCCAUACAUCAUGGAAUGGAGGACCAUGUACAAGCCUUCACCAUGGAAGAUCUUAGAAAUGGUAUGACACUUAUGUAUAAGCAUGAUGACUCGGAGAGUAAUCAGGACAGCUUUAUUAUUCAGCUUUUUGAUGGAAAGCAUAAGCUCCAAAGACACAUGUGGGUCAAAGUGUUGCCUGUCAACGAUGAGAUGCCACAUAUAAUUAGCAACACUGGGAUUGAGGUGAAAGCAGGAGAGGCCCGACUCAUCUCUGGUGCCGUUUUAAGUGCUCAUGACAAUGAUACUCCCUCUCCUGACAUCCUCUAUGUGUUUGAGAGUGUUCCUACCUAUGGCCUGCUUCAAAUUAAGGAAGGUCUGGACUGGGAAACACUAUCAGCAGGAAUGAACUGUUCCCAAGAGGAUCUGGAUAUGAACCUGCUGCGAUAUAUACAGACAGCUCAGCCUGGAAUUCACACAGAAGAUGUGUUCAUCUUUUAUUUACAGGACGGUAAAAACCGUUCCCCUGCACAGCAUUUCCAUAUCGCACUCAAGGGGCUACAGAAAGGAGACAUAGCACUGUUUGUGAAGCCAAUAAGAGCUAGCCGUGGAGAAAAAAUAGUGAUUACUACAGACGUCCUCCUGGCCGUAGAUGGAACUGAAAUGCCGGAAGAGCUGCUCUAUGUGAUCACUGUUCCUCCAGCACAUGGCCAUAUAGAAUACAUUAAGCACACUGGUAUUCCCAUACACUCUUUCAGUCAGAUGGAUAUAGCGGGUAAUUUGGUGUGCUAUGUCCAUGACAACAGAGGAACUUUACCUAGAGAAACACUGGAGUUUGUUAUCAGUAAUGGAAAGACCACACGCAAUGGUACUCUUGAAAUUUUGGUGGAGAUGACAGACAGAGUUUUACCUACUCUAAUUCAGAAGACUAGUCUGCAGGUUCCUCAGGGUUCCACGAUUACUGUAACCACUGAAAACCUACACCUGUCUGACCCUGAUACCCCUACCCAUUCUCUUAUCUUCACUCUGGUACAACCACCACAGUAUGGCCAGUUGAAUGUGAAAGGGUUCCCUCUAGCUGCAGGAAACAACUUUACACAGCAGAACCUACAGGAUCUGGAUGUUGUAUACAGGCACUCUGGUGGAGAUUCUCAGAUCGACCGCUUCGUGUUCACUGCUGCUGACAGCACUGCGAGAGGCUUUUUGAUAGGAGAGAGGGUGCAGACAGAGCCAACUUUCUUUACCAUACAGAUUAAACCAUUAGACCACUCUGCUCCUCGGGUGAUGGUGCUGGAGACUCUGUGGAAGGUCGAGCUUCUUAAAGAUGGACGUUAUGGAAUCUAUGUCUCAUCCAGAGAGUUGAAAGCUGAGGACACAAACUCUGCAGAUGAGGAGCUCAUCUUUACUAUUCUUAGGGCUCCCUACUUUGGUUAUUUGGAAAAUGCAACAAAUGGUGAGUUUGUGCAGCAGCGGUUCACUCAGCAGGAUCUGAACAAGAGGAAUAUUCUCUACAUUAUUAAUCUUUCCCUGGAGGCCAUGACUGACAGUCUGGAGUUUGUAGUCUCUGACCCACUGGGCAACACUGGACCAUCUCACAAGUUAGAGUUCAGCUGGGCAAAGAUAGAGCUGACCGACAUCCAGCAUCGGGUGUGUGAAGGUAAAGGACCACUCUCGCUCACCAUCCAGAGGAAAGGCAACGUGCAGGAUUCAUCAUAUGUAACUGUCAAGGUAAAGGAACUAACAGCAUCUGUUGAAAAGGAUUUUAUACCCGCUCCAUCAAGACUGAUUCAGUUUGAUCCCGGCAUGUCCACUAGGCUGUGGAAGGUGGAGCUUGUGCAGGAUUCUCUAGAGGAGGCUGAAGAAAAGUUUGAGGUGACCCUGGAUUCCCCUGUAGGUGCAAUACUAGGAGCAAACCUCAAAACUGUCAUCACAAUAGUGGACAACAAUAAUGGGCAGUGUGUUGAUCAGGAAAAAGUGCUACCAGAAAAACCCUACCCCAAACAUGGCUCUAUCCAGGUUGAGACUUUACCCAUCACUUGGGGAGAUGGAGAGGGCAAUGCCAGAGGUGACACACCUCAUCCAGUCUCCAGGAAAAGGCUAAAAACUAAUGGCAAUGGAAAGACUAUUCGACCAUCCUCAGUCAUUCGAAGUGGAUCUGAAGUUGUCUACACUUAUCAUGGAAUCAUGUCACUGACAGUCGAAGACGAUACUACAGACUUUACCUCAGGAAGAAAGGCUCAGGUACAUGUAACCAGUAGAGGGCAGCAGCGUUCACUCCCAGCCAAGAGUACAAGCCAGAUUAAUGCAUUUUUAACCAACAACCAAAGGGUCACAGCUCCUCAGAAUUCUUUUGCUUCCAAACCCUGCACUCCAGAGAUGACAGGUUUUCUUCAUUAUAAUGCAACCUUAGGCCAGCUAGUAGAAUGCAAUGGAAUAUCCUGGAAACCCUGGGCUGCUACAGCUGAGGCAGUGAAUGCACAGAAGUGUCCACAGGGAUGGACGUACCAUAACCAGCACUGCUAUCUGCUGAGUACAGAGAAGAAAGCCACGUGGAGUGAUGCUGCCAGGACCUGCCGGGAGAGCUUCCAAGGCAACCUUGUCAGCGUCCUGUCCAAGGCAGAUAUGGAUUGGCUUUGGGACUUCAGUGAGAGAAAACCUUUCUGGAUUGGAUUGAAUAACCGGGAGAGUAAAGGCCGUUGGGAAUGGGUAAGUGGAGAGCCAGUGACCUACACAAACUGGAGACGCAGUCCUCCUAGAACCAAAAUCAGGGGCAACAAGAAGUGCGUUUUGGUAUGGAGGAGGACAAAAUGGCAAAUACGAGACUGCAAAGCAGGAAGGGGACACAGCUUUGUGUGCUUUGUAAAAACCUGAGGUGGUAUGACUACAAAACCAUUUAUAUCCUCUCUCAGAGACUGUAACCUUUCUUAAUCCAAGAGACCUCCUAAUAGAUGCACGUGAUACAUAAACUGAAAUUCACUGCUGGCAUUAGUUGGAAAUGAUGAAGUAUCAGGGUUAAAAAUAUAUUAUUAAGAGAGGUUUGAGUUCAUAUAGUGUAUCACUGUACAUUUUAUAGACCAAGAACAAGAAUAGGUGUCAUAGUUGAUGCAGCCUUUAGUGGCUUACAUUCAGUAUAUGGACAACAGAAUGAGGACACCUUAACAUCACAUGUAAAACCACAGGCACUGUUAGAUAGUUGGUCUUUCAUCGCUGCUAUAUGAGGCUUCAUUUCUUUGGGAAGACUUUUUCACUAGAUUUUUGCUGACUUCAGGCAGCAACUUAACCAAUCUAGUCAAUUUUUGGUAAAGUGCAUGGUAAUGUUAUUCUUGUGCACUCAGUCAUGGAAAACCCUCUUUAUUAAGCUUCUGACAAAAGAAGGUGUGCUGACAUUCUUUCCAUAAACUGGAAAAUGAAGCUGUGUUAAAGCUGGUAUUAUUUUUACAUGCUACAAGCUUCAGUAAUUGGCCCAUUAUGAUUGAAUUGUUUUUGCUCCCUAGAUGUUUCCAAUUCACAAUAACAGGACUUACCAUUGACCACGCUGAUUUUAGCAAGCCAUAUGUUUUAUUGACUUAAAAAUGUUAAUGAUAGACGCAUUGAAUACCACAAAACUACAACCCCAAAUCAGAAAAAGUUGGGACAGCAUGGAAAAUGCAAAUAAUAAUCUUCUUUGCUCAUCAAAGACUCAGCUAUUUCUGGAUGCUGCUUUUGUACCAAACCAUGAUUACAAUCACCUGUUGACAUCAACUGUUUGAAAUCACAUCAUUAUUUAGUUUUUUCACCUUACUACUAGCCCUAAAUUGCCCCCGUCCCAACUUUUUUGGAAUGUGUUGCAGGCCUGAAAUGCAGGAAUGGAUGUAUAUUAACAAAAUAUCAAGUUGAGCAGACAAAACAUGAAAUAUCUCGGGUUCAAACUGUCUGCAAUCAAAUAAAAGUCAAAGUAAAUGUAGGGAACACUGCAUUUUUAUUUUAUUUGCAUUUUCCAUAUUGUCCCAACUUUUUCUGUUUUGGGGUUGUAUUAUUUGUCUAAGAAGAUUACAUGCACUAAUAAUGGGGUGUCCACAUACUGUUGGCCAUGUAGUAAAACUGGGGGAAAAAAAAUCAUCAUUAAACACGGCAAUGGUAUAUAGUUUAUAUUGUAAAUCUACACUGUACUUAUUUACCUUGUAUCAUAUUUAUUAUACAUAUGUUCUGUAUGUUUAUUAUAUUUACCCUGGUGUGGAGUUUAAAUGCAAUAUGGGACUAAUUCACUUCAUCUGUUAGCUUGUUAAAUUUCAUACAAGUUCAGGAACACAGAAGUCACAGCUUUACUUAAACUCACUGAAAUUAUUUAGGAACUGGUUUUAUAUGUUUUCUUCUUUAUAACAAAAUAAUAUGACAAAGUUGACUUGUAAUUUCAUUUUAGGUUGCCAUGGUUAUGCAUUAAUUGCUCCAUGGUGGUAUGUUAAGCUUGGGUUUAAUUUCUAUACUAUGUACUGUUUAAAUAAUCUGCAUAUCAAAGAUUUAGGUAGUUUAACUGAAAUGUUGUAAAUCUACUGGAUAAAAGAUAAAGCCAUAACUGAGAAAAUCAUAUCAUGCAUUCUACAAUUAACCCAUCCUAGGUCAACCAGCUGGUUAGGUUUGAUCAUUCAAGCAGGGUUUUAGGAUGCUGUUCAGGCUGGUUCUUGGGGACCAGCUGGACAGCCAGCUAUACUCAAUAGCUAAAUCAGCUAUACCAGUUGUACACCCGGCUUUUUCCAGCCUGGGUCACUAGAUAAACUAGCACAAGCCAGCUAAAACACUGGAGUUUAGGUGUGACAUUCAGGGAUUCUGUUUCUGUUAGCAAGUUCUAAAAGAAUGGUUUUUUUAUCUUUAAAAAAAUGUGUAUUUCUUUGAAGCAAAAUAAAACUGAUGUUA